GGUUGCAGUGAACUAACUGACAAACAUGCUGAAAUCUGAGGAGAGGCCUCGGUAAACAUUUUUGAGUAUCAUUAUCACUGACCCAGUAAGCUCCGCUGUCACCAGGUGUAUAUCUAACUGAGACACUGCGUGUACACCUGUGGUACGAUCCGGACGGUAUCUGACGCUGAACCCGGUAUAAAGAAAGCUUGCAAUGUCAGUAGAGGUAGUCAUCCCUAAUGCUACCCCGGGAACUGGGGAAGGGCCACACUGGGACGACAGCACUAGAAGCCUUGUCUUCGUGGACAUCACACAGAAAAACGUGUUCCGGUGGGAUUCUGUCACUGGAAGUCUGCAGAAGGUUCAUUUAGAGGACGAGGUUGGAUGUGUCGUGCCAUGUAAGAAGGGAGGGUUCCUGGUAGCAGUCGGGAGGACCAUAUUCCACCUAGAGUGGUCAUCUCAGAAACUGACCAAACUCCACGAGAUACCUCUUAAAGGAGUUGGGAACAGAUUUAACGAUGGCAAGUGUGAUCCGGCUGGCCGAUUUUGGAUAGGCACUAUGGGUAAAGUGUUGUCCUUUGAGCCACUGACGUUCGACAUGGAGAAGGGAGAGCUGUAUUGCCUUGAUGUAGACGGCUCCUUUCACAAACGUCUUGAUAAAAUGACCAUCUGUAAUGGCUUGGCAUGGUCAUCUGACCACAAGACCAUGUACUUUAUAGAGAGUAUUCCUGGGCAGAUCAUGGCUUUCGACUAUGAUGUCACCUCUGGAAACAUAUGUAACAGAAGGACGGUUGUGAACUUCGGGGAAUUCGACCCAACUGACCCCGAAAACCUUGGAAUUCCGGACGGUAUGACCAUCGACACAAACGACAAUAUUUGGGUCGCUUUCUACGGCACAGGACAGGUCAUCUGCUUUAACCCACAGACAGGUAAAAUGCUCAGAAAAAUUGAAAUCCCCUGCAAAAGAACUACAUCGUGCUGUUUUGGAGGGGAAAACCUUGACGAACUCUAUGUAACUACUGCACAAGCAGGAUCCACAGAGGAGGAGCGCGAGGCAUUUCCCGCCAGCGGCUCAGUGUUUCGAGUUACAGGGCUAGGAGUCAAAGGGCAUCCCGCUAAUGUAUUCAACGGAAACUUUUAACAGCAUUCAUAACAUAAUAAUGGCAAUUCAAACUAAAUAGUUUGAAAUCUGAACAAAGAUACGAAUGCAUUGAUAUAGUGUUUGAAUUUGAAUGUAACAGCAUAAUAAAAUCUGUUUUUCUUCGUGCAUUAA